GCCGAACAUCAGGGCACUUGAGCCAUCUAAUUUUGCGGAUUCGCCAGACAGCUGAAAAAAAGUCUCUCCAGCUGCUGGCAGGCGGUGUGCCGCUGCAUGUUAGCCUGACACUGCUGCUGUCAUGGCGGAAUCCAGGACAUCGCGAGCCAAGUCUAUAGGACACUAUGUGCUCAUGAAAACCAUUGGUGAGGGGACCUUUGGCAAGGUGAAGCUCGGUACCCACAUCCUGACGGGUGAGCGUGUGGCUGUGAAAGUAUUAGAGAAGGAGCGUAUCCAGGAGCUGGCUGAUGUGGAGCGAGUUGCACGUGAAAUUCACAUCCUCAAGCUGAUACGGCGUUGUCGGCACAUCAUACAGUUGUACGAGAUCAUUGAGACUCCCCGACAGCUGUAUCUCAUCAUGGAGUACGCGCCCGGCGGAGAGCUGUUUGACUACAUCGUGGAGCACGGUCGUGCCGAGGAGAAGGAUGCCUGUCGGUUUCUGCACCAGAUUCUGGCGGGUGUGGAGCGCGUCCACCAGACGAACGUGGUGCACAGAGACAUGAAGCCCGAAAACUUGCUUCUUGAUGAGCGCGAAUGUAUCAAGAUAGUAGACUUCGGUCUCAGCAACACGUUCCAGGACGAGCAGCUUCUUCAGACAGCGUGCGGCUCUCCCUGCUAUGCAGCUCCAGAGAUGAUUGCGGGCAACCAGUACUUUCCGCCCAUGGUGGAUGUAUGGAGCUGCGGCGUCAUCCUAUUUGCGCUGGUGUGCGGAUUCUUGCCCUUUGAGGACCAGAACCAUGCUGAGCUUUACAAGAAGAUCUUGAAUGCCGAGUAUGAGGUUCCCAAUUUCAUCAGCAAAGAUGUUGUGAACCUCAUUGCCGGCAUGCUCACCACGGAUCCAGAGAAGAGGAUGACUCUUGUCGACAUUCGCAAUCACAAAUGGUACCGGCAAAUACCAGAGGCCAGCUUGAAGGAUCGUGAGGACGACUCCCUGGACGAGGCGAUCCUGGACCAGCUGGACAGUUAUGGCUUCCCUCGGGAGUAUGCUAUCAAGUGCUUGCAGAGCAACAAGCACAACCAUGUGACGACAACGUACUACCUCAUCAAGGAGAACCAAUUGCGCUCCGAGGAUGCAGGCCUUGCCGCCAAGCGAACCAUUGCGGACAUUGACGCCACAUGCUUUGAGGACUUUGCUGCAUACGCCAGUCCAGCCGUGGCAGUUGCGAUGGUGGCCACGCCGUCCAGAGGAUCACGCGCAGGGGAGGAGUCAGCUUCCAAGCCGGGGGAGGACGGCUGCGCCAUGCCAGAGGCAUGCCAGACUUCCAGGUCAAAGGCAGGUGCUGGUCCAUCUCCCCGAGGCGGCAGAAAUGGCCACUCAAGAUCGACUGGUCCUCCGGCGUCUGGUGCAAGGCGGCCAGCUGAACGAUCAGGAGCCUGGGCCAGCCCACGGCCCAGAGGCGGGUACAGCUGUGAUCGUGUGGGUGGCCCACCCAGAAGGCGCCCAAACUCCACCGAUCCGGCGCCCUUCGCUCGACGUCUUUGCAGUCCAUGGGGAACGUCACGCGGUGGCUACUCGGCGACUUCUGGUGAGCUUCUAGACUCUGAAUAUGAGGUAUCUCCACCGCCUGACAAAAUUAAUUCCGCCCGCGAUCGCUAUAGCAGCCCCCGACCGGCGUCCUACGGCGUGCCGCCAGCGGCGUGGCGGUUAGGCGUGCAAAAAGCACGGCAUUGCGACGAAGUGUCCUACAACAUCUCGCAGGCGCCACGACAGGUCAUGCAGGAGGUGACGCGAGCGCUGUCGUCCCAUGGUAUCAGCUUUCAGCAGAUCUCGAGCUACGUGGUGCGGUGCCAGAGCCAGGGGGUGCGCUUCCAGGCGGAGAUUAUGCAGGCUGAUCAGGGAGGAGAGUUUCUUCUUCGCUUUAGAAAAGCUUCUGGUGAUGUGCGAAGCUACAAAGAUCUAUGUGCAAGGCUGCUGACAUCGAUGAACCUGUGAAUGAUGGCUGCAAAGCGGGCAUCGCAAGCUUUUGCUUGCUUCACCAAAGUGCGGCAUCCUUUGGCUCACUGCUUGAGUGAAUUGGACCCGAAAGGGCAAAUCCUUUGAGUUGCGUACCC